GAGGAGGAGUCAAGCAGGGGUGAUUGGAUGUAAAAGACGAAGUUUUUGUACAGUACGGUUUAGUUGGCGAGUCCCGUCAUCGCCUUUCGAGUUUUCAAAAACAAUAAUAUUCGCAGCAUCCAUUGAUGCUAGAGAAAGGAGAAAGAUAGUGAAAGAGAGAGUCGACAGAAAUAAAAACUGACGUGGAGGAGAAAAUUGAUUAGCUGAGUGAGUGCGUGAGAGAGUGGUGUAAGUAAUGGUGGGUUUGUUUGAUUUUAUCGAAUCAAAAUCAAACCUCUGAUUCCCAUGCACAUACACGCCUCUUUAUAAUCAGAUUCACACAAACAACCCACAAUCCCACGAGCUAUCUCUCUCUUUCUCUCUCACACUCUCCAUCUCUCUCUGCAACGUUUUGUCUAUUUUUCGGGACUCAUUUUGAGAAGAAACUGAAUUUGACUUAGUGGGGUUUAAACUUUUGAGUUAAUAUAGCUUUAUAUAUAUGAAUUUGGCCAAUAUUUUUUAGUUUUUGCGUAUAUUUUUUGGGGGUUAUUGUUCGAUGGUCUGGUCUUGUACUCUUGUUUGUAUGUGAAGGUUGAAUCUUUUUUAAAUUAAUUUUUAGAAAAAAAAAAAAAAACAUCUUUUUUUGAGUGAUAGGAUGAAAUUUGUUUCUGCGUUGGGCGAAUGAAAAAUCACUGGUAAAAGGGCACAUAAUAAAGUUAAAGAGGAGGUGAAAAGCAGAGGGGCUUUAACCAAGUCUAAGGCUUUAAGAGUACUACAGAAAUCCUUCUUGUUUCUGGUGUCUGUGCUCUGUGCUGAUGCAUUUGCACGUCUGGUCUCUUGAUCGUGACUUAUGAGAGUCUCUUCAUGUCGGUUCUGUUUCUGAGUGAUUCUUUCUAUAAAAUUUUGGGAAAGAAGUGCGGGAAAGUCGGGAAAAAAGUAAAGCUUUUUCUCCUUUUUAUUUUCUUUUCCUAGUUUAGUCUUUGCUCGGUUGCUUAAAAAUGAAAGUUAGUGUAAUAUAUUUAUGAUAUGGUUGAUCUUAUUUUGACUACCCAUUUGUAUCUGAUUCUCUAAAUCAAUAAACCUUUAUAAAUUUCUCAACGUUCUGAUAUAUUUUAUAGUUUGAUUCUCGCAAAGGUGGUUUUGUUGUGAAUCAGAAGAAUCAAAUCCAUGGCUGUUUCUUGUUAACAACUUCAAUCUUUCAGUGGGGUUGUAAAAUAUUUCAGUGUUAAUGGCAGACAAUGGCUCUCUUCCGUCGCCCGCCACCACCACAGAUAAUAAUAGAAAGCCUACUUCAUUUCCAAGAUUGUUCACUAGUUUAACCAAGGGUAUUUCUGAAACUGAGCUUCCUGUGAUGAGCCCAACUUCCAUUCUUGAUAUUAGCAAACCAUUUUCUGUUCUCAAGAACCCCUUGUGGUCUGAGCCAAGUCCACAAACACCUAGAACUCCGGAACCAGAAGCUAGGCGCAAAUUGGACUCCAAAGGGGUUGGUCUUGGCAUUUUUGAUGUUCUUCAAGAUGUUGAAUCAGACUCCAAAGAAUCAAAACCUGAGACUCGAAUGGUUCUUUUCGGGUCACAGCUAAAGAUCCAAAUCCCUCCUCAAGAUUCACCUAUGUCUCCAUCUGAGUUUGGUAUCAAAACUAGAAACUCUCAAUUGGGUUCCUUUUCCUCUGUGUUAUCACCCUCCCCAGCAAAACAAUCAACUUUUGGAUCAGUGAAUUCGGGUCUGGAGACUCCGAAUUCUCCUCAGGUUUUCACGGGUUGUCUCUCUGCCACUGAGAUGGAACUCUCUGAGGACUACACUUGUGUCAUUUCUCACGGGCCAAAUCCGAGAACCACUCAUAUUUUUGACAAUUUCAUUGUUGAGAGCCGCUGUGGUGUUGUUGGGUUAUCUCCCCUGAGAAAAGAAAAUAACGGGAUCACUACAAUUGAUCAAAUAAACUACCCAUCUGAAAAUUUUCUCAGUUCCUGUUACGCUUGCAAGAAGAAUCUUGGCCAGGGAAAAGACAUUUACAUGUACAGGGGAGAGAAAGCAUUCUGCAGCCGUGAAUGCCGUUUCCAGGAGAUGAUGUUAGAGGAAGGAGUGGAUCAAUUGGACCCAGUUGAUGGCUAUGGCAAUUGCUCAUGAUGGACAAUAAUUUUCUCAGUCUCCAUCAUCCCUCAUCUUUUUCUAUAAAGCAUGGACCAUUGAAGAAUCCUAACAAGGGUAAAAUUUGAGUCAUAAAGUUCAUGUAUCAACCCAAGGCAGAGUAUUGGAUAAAGAUGUGAUCAUCCUACAUAUUUGAUUAUAGUUGUUUUAAUUUUCUUCCCCUGUUUAGUUUCUAUCCACUUUUUCAUAUGCUACUUGUAGAGGCAGAGCUGAGGAACUGAAGCUUCUGCUCAAAUAUUGUAGAGUUGAUGAUUUUCUUCAAGCCAUAAUUAGGGAUUGCUGUUGGGUUUCAUCCAUCCACAGUUUUGGUCUCUUAAAGAUGGUGUAUGAGUAAAGUUUACAUUUUACUUUUC